UUGAGCCAAACGCAGAGGUGACAACUUUUCAUUACAAUAUCAGGAAGUGGAGAACAUGUAUUAACACUGACUUUGAAAAAUAUAGAUCAAUUCUAUAGUAGUGUUGGUGUCACUAUUUAAGUGAGUGAAAAAGUGCACAAUGUUUUGGAGGAUUUCUACUGAGCAGAAGAUAUCCGGAAAUCAAACAUAGCAAGAUACGCUACAGAGGCUCUUCAGCUGACAAGAAAUGAGCAUAUUUGUAACCCUGGGCGAGGUACUGGAGUCACGGGGAGCAUCUCUGGAGGAAGAUGAAGUCUGGGCUCUCCUCCAAGUUUCAGCAAAAGCUUUGAUAGACAUCUCCAGCAAAAAUCCUGGUAACAUGUGCUGUGUCAUCAGCCCCUGUUCCACACUCCUCUCGACAAGCGGCAGGAUCGCCUUCAAGACCUGCAGCCGUUCUGAGGAUCUGGCCUCAUUCACCUCCCCAGAAAUAUCUCAGAGCAGCGCUUACCCCAAGAUGCAGGCCACAGAGAAAAUGGUGGUUUACUCUUUAGGUAUGACGUUGUAUUGGACAGUGGAUUAUCUACUUCCACAAAAUCAGCCUGUCCAGCUCAGUGACCACCUGAACAGCCUUUUACUGAGCAUGUGUGAAGACUUGCCGCAUAAGCGAGUAAACUUACUGACAGUGUUAGAGAUGUGUGAAGAACACCAUAAGAGCGCUCUUCUAUUCAGACCAGAGAACGUCAUCAAACAGAUGGCAGAAGAUGUACUACAGAUAGAUGUUCGUGCUGCACAUCUCACAGACCAAAGACAGAUGGUCAGAGAAAGACUUCGAGGUGCUUCAUGUCAAAAAUAUGUUUGGCCAUUUAAAGGGAACAGAACAACACCACAAGCAAACUUUAGCAGAAGCUGUCAUAAUUCACAUCAGAGAAGCCAAAACAGCAUAUGGCUGACUCAAAGUCCUUAUCUCAGAAGAAGACUGUUCAACUCAAGGCCCAAUCAAAUGUUUGACUCUGCAUUUAGCUUUAAUGAAACAAAAAUAAAGGAUAUGGGCCCAGAAUUCAUCAGAAAGUUGGAUGAACCUCUUGUCAUGCUAGAGAUGCCUAAUUCUUUAGUGUCAAACAAAGGAAGGUUAAUUUCAAACCAAAGGGACUUAAGAGUUUUAAUGCCAAAUGGACUGAGCAUUGUAGUCAGGUGUGAUGUGAAGUCGAGAGCAGGGGACAUCUUUGAUAUGAUCAUCGCUCAUUCAAAUCUUGUGGAACAUUUUUACUUUGGCCUCGCAUACAGUGAUGGUGAUGAAUUUUUCUUCAUUAACAAUGAAACCAAAAUUUCAAAAGUUGCCCCAGACAGCUGGAAAAAAGUGCCCACUGCUACAUUUACACUUUAUUUUCGAAUCAAAUUGUUUGUGAACGACAUCUCUCUUCUUCUACACCAGCUGACCCGUCACCAGUACUAUCUUCAGCUGAGACGGGACCUUUUGGAGGACAGGUUGCCCUGUAAUAAAGAGACUUGCUUGUUUCUUGGUGCCUUAGCUCUUCAGGCUGAGUGUGGGGACAGUUUACCUGAGGUUUAUGGGAAGAACUACUUUCAGCCUGAGCAUUAUGUUUCCAAGAGUGUGUUACAGAAAAUGGCAAUGCCUUGCCUUAAAGAGAAAUUACUACAAUUACAUGCAAAAAAUGCAGACAUGGCUGUUGAGGAGUCAGAGCUUGAGUUUCUUAAGACCAUUCAACAGCUUCCGGAGUAUGGAGUGCUGUUUCACCGUGUGGCUCGUGAAAAGAAGCAUGUCAAUGGAGAGCUGCUUCUGGGAGUGUGUGCCAAAGGUGUCAUUGUGUAUGAAGUUAUAAAUAACUCCCAUACCGCAAGCCUCAGAUUCCACUGGAGAGAGAUUACCAGUAUCACCUCAGCCCGAUGCAGAUUUGUUAUUGAGAGCUGGACUAGUAAAAAGAAGCUCACUUUUCUGACUGAAAGGUCAAAAGUUGCCAAAUACCUCUGCGACCUCUGCUCUGCGCAGCACAAGUUUCACAAGGAGAUGAGCUCUCGCCAACUCACCCACAGACUUGGUUCAGAUGAGAACAUUGUGCAGUAUGCCGCCAUGUGCAGGGCCCAAAACAACACGAUCAGAAAAAUGUCUGAGGUAAAACUCAAAGAUAGUUGCCUCAAUGCCACUACUGGUGACUCCAUGAGCAAACUCUGUGAGGACACAGCCACCCGAAUCCAGGCAAAGAUCAAAGAACAGAGAUGCUUAUUAAACCACACAGGCAUCAACAGUCCAAGUUAUUGUAGCUCUCAGAAGCGAUGCUCUGAAAUCCCUUCGAUGUGCUCCCACCUAAAAGAUACUCCAACAUGUUCCCGAUCCCCAGAGAGGGAAAUAGUCUAUGCUUCCCUCAAAAAGGAUCCCAAAAUUGGUCUUGGUAUUGUCAUUGUUGGAGAAGAUAGUGCUGGGAGACUUGAUUUUGGAAUUUUUAUUGCAUCCAUCGUACCUGGUGGUCCAGCCGACCAGGAUGGACGCAUUAAACCAGGUGGUCGACUGAUCUCUCUUAACCAGAUCAGUCUGGAGGGUGUCACCUUCACUGAGGCUGCUGACAUCAUACAAAACAGCUCGAAUGAGGUGGAACUUAUUGUCUCACAGCCACAAGCUCUUUAUAAGCAUGGUGUCAGUGGUUGUAUGACAGAGAGAAACUAUGAAUCUCAGAGUACCAUACUGGUUGACAGUCGAGCUGGGGAUGACUAUUUAGAUGAGCUGGUCAGUGUUAUGAUGACCCCUAAAUCCAUAAAUAGGCUUCAUGUACCUGAAGUUCGCAUUAUUAAUGCACAGGAUGAUUAUUCCAGGUCAGCAUCUAUGACAAGCCUGAGACCUAAAGAGUUUUAUCUGAAGCUUCGGAAAGCUAGGGGCAGUCUGGGCAUCAGCAUUACUGGAGGUGUGAAUACACAUCACUAUGGAGGUAUUUAUAUCAAGAGCCUGGUACCAGGUGGAGUAGCAGAACAAGAUGGACGUAUACAGCCAGGGGACAAGCUGUUGGAAGUAGAUGGCACCAGACUGCAGGGAUUUACUGAUCAGCAGGCUGUCGAAUGCUUGGCAAGAACAGGGGAGGUGGUGAACCUUGUGUUGGAAAGGGCCAGAGACCCUGAAGUGCCGAUGUCACAGAACAGACUUACUGUUAACACUCCAGCUUCUGUAACAACACAGAUGAAAAACACUUGCCCUGCCUUUACUAUGACAACAAAUUUCACCAUCAAGCCCAAAGACUACAGCUUUGUGUCUGACGACAACAUCUUUAAGGUGACACUAAAGAAGAGACUGAACGGUUUGGGCUUUAGUUUAUUCAUCUCAGAACUGGACACUUCCCUCGACUGUGGCACUAUUGUCCGGAUAAGGGCGCUUUUCCCAGGUCAGGCUGCAGAGGAAAGUGGCCAAAUUCAGCAAGGGGAUGUCAUUCUGUCUAUUAAUGGAGAGACACUAAAGGGGUUGUCUUAUCAGCAAGUGCUGCAGUUAUUGAGAAACUCUCCAUCAGAUGUACAGCUUGUGCUUUGCCGCCCUGCUAAAGGGACGCUACCACUUAUAUCUGAGAAAAUCGGCCAACUGACUUGUAGCUGAACCAUAAAGGAUAUCAUCUGGGUGUUUAAUGAAGGACUUUUCUAUGGAAGAGGAAUUGUAAUGCAUUAUAGGGAAUUAUGAAUUUUCAAGAGGAAAUUUCAAAACUGGAUGCUGGAUUUCCUGAUUUCCCCCAAAUUAGUAUUUUUAGGAAGCUGUUAUGUCACAGUCUAAUUAUCCCAAUAAUGCUAAGAAAUGCAUAAAAUUUGAAUUUAAAAUAAUUUUGUGUAAUUCCCACUUAAUUCUGGGCUGUCUUCUUUUAAAUGGAUUUUUCAUCCAAAUAUGAAAAUUCUGUCAUAAUUUAUUUACCCUCAUGUUGCUUACUGCAAAGACAGCUUACCCACUGCAAGUUGUCCUUAAGGUGGCAUUGUAACCUCAUAAACAAAUCACUCGGACUUAAAAAAUAGCAAACCCAUUGUAUGACGUUUUGUCUAUGUGUUUUUUUACAAUUUACUUUAAUUGCCACAUUUUUUGUCGUAAUUAGAAAGUGAAUGUUUUUUGUGCCUUGCUUUUACAAAGCCAUCAUACACUCACCUAAAGGAUUAUUAGGAACACCAUACUAAUACUGUGUUUGACCCCAUUUCGCCUUCAGAACUGCCUUAAUUCUACAUGGCAUUGAUUCAACAAGGUGCUGAAAGCAUUCUUUAGAAAUGUUGGCCCAUAUUGAUAGGAUAGCAUCUUGCAGUUGAUGGAGAUUUGUGGGAUGCACAUCCAGGGCACGAAGCUCCCGUUCCACCACAUCCCAAAGAUGCUCUAUUGGGUUGAGAUCUGGUGACUGUGGGGGACAUUUUAGUACAGUGAACUCAUUGUCAUGUUCAAGAAACCAAUUUGAAAUAAUUCAAGCUUUGUGACAUGGUGCAUUAUCCUGCUGGAAGUAGCCAUCAGAUGAUGAGUACAUGGUGGUCAUAAAGGGAUGGACAUGGUCAGAAACAAUGCUCAGGUAGGCCGUGGCAUUUAAACAAUGCCCAAUUGGCACUAAGGUUCCUAAAGUGUGCCAAGAAAACAUCCCCCACACCAUUACAUCACCACCACCAGCCUGCACAGUGGUAACAAGACAUGAUGGAUCCAUGUUCUCAUUCUGUUUACGCCUAAUUCUGACUCUACCAUCUGAAUGUCUCAACAGAAAUCGAGACUCAUCAGACCAGGCAACAUUUUUCCAGUCUUCAACUGUCCAUUUUUGGUGAGCUCGUGCAAAUUGUAGCCUCUUUUUUCUAUUUGUAAUGGAGAUGAGUGGUACCCGGUGGGGUCUUCUGCUGUUGUAGCCCAUCCGCCUCAAGGUUGUGCGUGUUGUGGCUUCACAAAUGCUUUGCUGCAUACCUCGGUUGUAACGAGUGGUUAUUUCAGUCAAAGUUGCUCUUUUAUCAGCUUGAAUCAGUCGGCUCAUUCUCCUCUGACCUCUAGCAUCAACAAGACAUUUUCGUCCACAGGACUGCCACAUACUGGAUGUUUUUCCCUUUUCACACCAUUCUUUGUAACCCCUAGAAAUGGUUGUGCAUGAAAAUCCCAGUAACUGAGCAGAUUGUGAAAUACUCAGACUGGCCCAUCUGUCACCAACAACCAUGCCACGCUCAAAAUUGCUUAAAUCACCUUUCUUUCCCAUUCUGACAUUCAGUUUGCAGUUCAGGAGAUUGUCUUGACGAGGACCACACCCCUAAAUGCAUUAAAGCAACUGCCAUGUGAUUGGUUGAUUAGAUAAUUGCAUUAAUGAGAAAUUGAACAGGUGUUCCUAAUAAUCCUUUAGGUGAGUGUAUACUGUAUGCCUAAAGUGCUAAUUGUAAGUUAUAAGUAACACUCUAUAAUAAGGUUGUAUUUGUUAAAAUUAUGGUUAUGUAGUAAAUGAAAAAUAAACUUUUUUUUCCUUUUGUUAUGGCGACUAAAAUAAUGGGCAACACA